GCAGCUUCGGUCAGGGAAACAUCGUCGGACUCUGCGAAGGCAUGGCAUCCGGCCCCGAAACGCAGACUCCACGGGGCAAGCAGAGGGACCUGCACCCAGAGGCUGCAGGAAUGCUUUAACACGUUCCCGUACACUCGCUCUGUUGAAAGGCUCCUGCUUUCCCUUUUUCAAGUGACGUGACACGGGGUCAAUCCAUCUCUCAGGGCAGCCCAUCUGAAGUGGAUCAUGCCCCCUAGAUAGCGUCCUCGUCCUCCUCUCCACUCCCCCGCCCCUUGGCCCCUUCCUCUACCUCCGUGGGUCGAUCAUUGCCACCUGUGUCACCACAGCCGCGCCAUGCCCCCCAGGAAGAGGACGCGGCCGGGCCUGGGCUUCCUGUGCUGCUUCGGCAGCAGUGAGCCUCCGGAGAUCAACCUGAAGGACAGCGUGCCCCUGCAGCUGCUGGAGUUCAGCGCCCCCAUGCCGCCCGCCGAGGAGCUGCAUGCUCGUUUCUCCGAACUGGUGGACGAACUGGACCUGACGGACAAGAACAGGGAGGCCAUGUUCGCGCUGCCCGAUGAGAAGAAAUGGCAGAUCUUCUGCAGCAAGAAGAAGGAGCAAGAGGACCCCAACAAGCUGGCCACCAGCUGGCCCGACUACUACAUCGACCGCAUCAACUCCAUGGCUGCUAUGCAGACCCUGUUUGCCUUCGAUGAGGAGGAAAUGGAAAUGAGGAACAAGGUGGUGGAAGAUCUGAAGACCGCACUUCGGACUCAGCCGAUGAGGUUCGUCACGCGCUUCAUCGAGCUCGACGGCCUCACCUGCCUCCUCAACUUCCUGCGCAGCAUGGACUACGAGACAUCAGAGAGCCGCGUGCACACCUCCGUCAUCGGCUGCAUCAAGGCGCUGAUGAACAACUCGCAGGGCCGCGCCCACGUCCUCGCCCACCCGCAGAGCAUCAACACCAUCUCGCAGAGCCUGCGGACGGAGAACAUCAAGACCAAAGUGGCGGUGCUGGAGAUCCUCGGGGCAGUGUGCCUGGUGCCCGACGGCCACAAGAAGGUGCUGCAGGCCAUGGCGCACUACCAGAAGUACGCCGCGGAGAGGACUCGCUUCCAGACGCUGCUCAACGAGCUGGACAAGAACACGGGCCGCUACAGAGACGAGGUCAACUUAAAGACGGCCAUCAUGUCCUUCAUCAACGCCGUGCUCAACGCCGGAGCCGGAGAGGACAACCUGGAGUUCCGCCUCCACCUGAGGUACGAGUUCCUGAUGUUGGGCAUCCAGCCGGUCAUCGACAAGCUCCGGGAGCACGAGAACGCCACUCUGGACAGGCACCUGGACUUCUUUGAGAUGGUGCGCAACGAGGACGACUCCGAGCUGGCCAAGAGGUUUGACGCGACCCACGUAGACACCAAGAGCGCCGGUGCCAUGUUCGAGCUGAUCAAGAAGAAGCUGAGCCACACGGACGCCUACCCCAACCUCAUCUCCAUCCUCCAGCACUGCCUGCAGAUGCCCUACAAGCGAGGCGGUGGCAGCCUGCAGCACUGGCAGCUCUUAGACCGCAUCCUCCAGCAGCUGGUCCUCCAGGACGACAAGGGAGAGGACCCCGACGCCGCCCCCCUGGACAACUUCAGUGUUAAGAACAUCGUCCGCAUGUUGGUCAACGAGAACGAGGUGAAGCAGUGGAGGGACCAGGCAGAGAAGUUCAGGAAAGACCACAUGGAGCUGAUGGGUAAACUAGAGCGGAAGGAGCGCGAGUGCGAGACCAAGACCACGGAGAAGGAGGACAUGAUGAAGACUUUGAACAAGAUGAAGGACAAACUCCAGCGAGAGGGAGUGGAGCUGCGCUCGGCCAGGGAGCAGGUCCAGGACCUGUCCUCGCGCAUCAAUGACGUCUCUGGCGUCAGCGUGUCUUUCCCGCCUCCUCCUCCUACUCCCGGCGGCCCCGCGGCUCCGCCUCCACCGCCUAUGAUGGGGGGCUUUCCUCCGCCUCCUCCUCCUCCACUACCGUUCGGCUGCCCGCCCCCUCCGCCGCCUCCCCCCCCACCGGGCGCACCGCCCCCCCCACCGGGCGCCCCUCCGAUGUUCGGAGUCCCGCCUCCUCCCUUUCUCUCGUCAUUCAACUCGGCGGCCGGCAUGCGCUCCAAGUCCAUCCCCCAGCCGUCGCAUCCCCUCAAGUCCUUCAACUGGGCCAAACUAGGAGAGAAUGUGAUUCACGGCACCAUCUGGAACGACAUCGACGACCUGAGAGCUUUCAAGAUUCUUGACCUGAAGGACAUCGAGAAGAUGUUUUCAGCCUAUCAGAGACAGCAGGACCUGCUCACUAACCAAUCCUUCAAACAGAAGGAGACAGGCUCAAUGGACGACAUCUACGUGAGCACGCGGAAGGUCAAGGAGCUGUCGGUGAUCGACGGCAGACGUGCGCAGAACUGCGUCAUCCUCCUCUCAAAGUUAAAAAUGAGCAAUGAGGAGAUCAAGAGAGCCAUCCUGGAGAUGGACGAGAGGGAGGAGCUGGCCAAAGACAUGCUGGAGCAGCUGUUGAAGUUCAUCCCAGAGAAAAGUGACAUUGACCUGUUGGAGGAGCACAAACAUGAGCUGGAGAGGAUGGCCCGGGCGGACCGCUUCCUGUUUGAGAUGAGCAGAAUCGACCACUACCAGCAGAGACUGCAGGCUCUGUUCUUCAAGAAGAAGUUUGCAGAGCGAUUAGCGGAGACCAAGCCGAAGGUCGAAGCCCUCCUGAAUGCGUCCAGGGAGGUGGUCCGGAGCAAGAGGCUGACUCAGAUCCUGGAGGUGGUGCUGGCCUUCGGCAACUUCAUGAACAAGGGCCAGCGGGGCAACGCCUACGGCUUCAAGGUCUCCAGCCUCAACAAGAUCGCCGACACCAAGUCCAGCAUCGACCGGAACAUCACCAUGUUGCACUACCUGAUCAUGAUCGUGGAGAAGAACUACAACGACACGCUGCUCAUCCAUGACGACCUCAGCAGCGUGCCGGAGGCGGCCAAAGUCAAUUUGUCGGAGUUGGAAAAAGAGGUGAACACGAUGAAAAGUGGACUGAAGGCUUUAGAGGCGGAGCUGCAGUACCAGCAGAGCCGGACGCGGGAGCGCGGGGACAAGUUUGUGGCGGUGAUCAGCGACUUCAUCACUGUGGCCGGCUUCAGCUUCAGCGAGCUGGAGGACCAGCUGGGCGAGGCCAAGGACCAGUUCACCAAGUCUCUGAAGCACUUCGGGGAGGAGGAGGGGAGGAUGCAGCCCGACGAGUUCUUCGGGAUCUUCGACACCUUCCUGCAGUCGUUCAGCGAAGCGCGGCAAGACCUGGAGAACAUGCAGCGGCGUAAAGACGAGGAGGAGAGGAGGAGCCGCAUGGAGGCCAUGCUCAAGGAGCAGCGCGAGCGGGAGCGGCGGGCGAAGAGGAGCGGCGCCUCGGACGAGGUCGGCGGGGAGUUUGACGACCUGGUGUCGGCGCUGCGCUCCGGCGAGGUCUUCGACAAGGACCUGAACAAAUUCAAGCGGAACCGCAAGCGCUCCGUCAACCAGCUGGUGGAGGGCGGCGGCCGAGAGCGCGCCGUCACCAAGGUCGACUACUAGGUCGGGGAAAAGGAAGGAGAAGAAGUGAAACGCUAGACACUUGACCUCCUCACACCUUGAGGUCGUCGAGCGGUGGCCGUCGACGUGGGCGGGACCAGCAGAGAGGCGUGUGGACGCCACGCCGUCAUGAACGAUGCCCUCCUCUGAUUGGUCUUGCGAAGCUGACCCCGCCCCUGGGGGGCUCUGAGCCGGGCACAAAGGACCACUGUGACACAUUAGCCCCGCCUCUUUACACCGUAACCUCCUAACACUGUGCUCGACCCCGUUUUUUGCUGCUCCUCCUCCUCCCUCACAAGCCCCUCCCUCUUCCUCCUUAAAGCUUCCACCUGGCUCUGAACCACACGGGCCUCUUGAGGGGCUUCAUCGGCGCUCGCUCCAAGUGUCCCACGGAGACCGGACUCACGGGAAAGAAAAGGGAGGCGCAGUCGGCAGAUACCCAGAAUGCUUUGCCGGGGGCCACACGGCGUUCCACGGGAGGACGGCACGCACAGAACCAGUGGUCCAGAGGACCCGACUCGUCUCUUGGGAAACCCCGCCGGACGCCACGAUGCCGGUACCACAGCGGGUCGAGGCCCGCUGACGGGUUCCGCUCCGCUCGGGCGCGGAACCAGUGCCAAAGCAACGAAAGGACAAAUGUAUUAAUAUGGAAACAUGCUGCGAUAAGGCGUUGAUAUAUAUAUAUUUAUAUUUAGAUGCAGACAAGCUAAUUGUAAAGACGUAGAGUUUUCUUUUUUUAAAUGUUUUCGUGGCGUUUGGGGGUUUUGUACACGCCGUGCGUUUCUCCGUCGGCGUUGAAGUAAUUUUCUAAACAUUUUGCGCUUUAUGUAAAAAAAAAAAAAAAAACUAACAAAAACUAAACUAUAACCGCUCGUCCUUUCCACACCUGAACCUCUCGCCUGCGGCCGACCUCGUGGACCUCGCCGACCUCGCGGCGGUGACGCUCAACGGGAUGUUGGGGAGCACUUCUCAUUGGGCCUCUGGUGGUCCCGCCUCCUCUAUCCACCAGAUGGAGCCCCCCAAGUGGAGGAUUUCUAGUUGAACUCGUGCCCCAUGCGGCUCACCAAAGGGGGUUCCUGCGUGUGGUUUUUAUUUAAUUUUUUUAUUUUGGUUGGCAUGGUGAUACAUGGGACUCCGCCCCGUUGUGAGUGUGAGCCUCAGAGAGCAUCAUGGGAAACGAUCCUCACUUCCAUAUUUCCUCCUACCCUAGGUCACUUUCUCUUUUGAAAGACACAAUGUAGUAUAUGAUUUUUAUUUAUUGAUGCAUGUCUGGAGCCUCGGCAUGUUGGACAUGCUCUCGACAAAGAGGGGCCUCUGAUCCCGGGGCCCGCUGCAGUGGAAGCAACAAGAAUCGUAUGAACGUACAAGGCCAAUGAAGUCUAUAUGAAAAAUAGAUUUUGUUGUUUCGAAAAAAAAAUGAAGAAUAAACGUCGACUGUCAUUCCAUCUGCGUCGCCGGUUGCUGUCGGACAGGACGGAGCCGUGUGGGAGCUCGCCGGCGGGAAAAGGAGACUUCAGAGAAGCGGGACAACAUCCUCCGUUAAAUCUCGUUUCAGCUCGAGUCUUCCAGGGAGGAGAGGGAAGUGGUUGUUCCCAUGGUAACGGUCCCGGUGGAAACACGAGGAGAAAGACCCUUCCUAUAUAUUUAGUUUCCAGACGGACUCGGCGCCCCACAGCGGUGUGGUUCUGGUUCUCACACAUGUACCAUUCCGGUUUUAGCCUGUUUGUACCUGGCUUCUUAAACAGAAACCUGCUCAGCGUUUUGCAGGAGAAACGCGGCCCGCGACUAUCUGGCGCCCCCUGGUGGCUUCAGAUGGCGCACGCCGCGUUCCUCCAAGUCGGCCACUACCUAUGUCUGCUAUUGGGUUUCUGAGCCCUCACGAGGCUCCGGCUCCAGAGCUUUGGCCCCGUGCCGUGGGCCAGACACGGGGCCAAAUCGUCAGUAUUAUCACAUGUUUGGAUGUUUAUGUCGGCCAUUGACUGGCUGGUUCGCGGAGUGUACAGGUGGAAGUCAAGAGGGGAGAAAUGAGUAGCUUGUUCGAUGCACUUUUAUUAUUGGACAUUUCCAUUUGCGGCGCCACUGCGAGGGUCUCGACCCCCCCCCCCCCAAAAAAACCACGUCGUGAAGGAGAAAGAGGGCGGGACCGGCUGAGGUUGGGACACGUGUCCAGUCUGUUGGACUCGUAGGGACGCUCCUGUCACCUGCUUCUAGGAGGGGGGCGGGGUUUUCCACAUUGGUGUCCCAUCAUGCACUUGGCGUGGACCUGCAUGCCUGAGAGAAGCUGCAUCCGGGUCUCGGAGGGUGUGUAAGUGCGAAGGAGUCAGUAUUUUUAUGGUUGGAAAACAAGAUAAGAGUAUCCGCCACCGAAAGAUGUACAGUUGAAUUUAAAAAAAGAAGCAUUUUGUACACCAUUCUUGAUGUUUGAGAUAUGAUUUUAAAAAACGAUUCAAACAUUGAGGAAUGUUCCAUUUUCCUGUAAAUUGUACCUCUAUUUAUUUGCCUUAUUUAGUUUGCUAUAUUUUGUAUGUACACAUAGCAUUACAACAAGAUGUUAUAUUAAAAAUAUGAAUAAUUAAA